AUGAUCACACAAGCUUAUCGUAAGCAAGCUCUUUUACUUCAUCUCGAUAGAAGUUCAGAUCCGAAUGCUACCGAAAUGUUUAAAGUUCUUCAACAAGCAUAUGAAACUCUUUCAAACGAAGCUACUCGUAAUGAAUACAAUACCAAUCAGGAUUUCGAUAAUGAUGGCGAUGACGAUAAUGAUGUUCUAUUUGAUGAUCAUAGUGAACGAGCACAAUUGCAUAUGGGUAAAAAAUGGUCCGAAAAUUUUGUCGAAAAGAUAAAUACAUGA